AUGAAGAGACGAAAUGCCGAGAUAGCUAAAAUGAGAAGGCCCAUGAAAAAGAGCAAAAUAACCGAAGGAUUUUACGGAAGCACGCUCCUCUACCUGAAAUUCGUCAUCCUAUGGGUCCUGGUGAUCCUGGCCGAUUUCAUCUUGGAGUUCCGCUUCGAGUUCCUCUGGCCCUUCUACCUCCUGCUGCGCUCCGUCUACGAUUCCUUCAAAUACCAAGGGCUCGCCUUUUCGGCGUUCUUCGUCUGCAUAGCCCUCACGUCGGACAUGCUCUGCUACUUUUUCAUACCCGUGCAUUGGCUCUUCUUCGCGGCCAGCACCUACGUGUGGGUGCAAUAUGUCUGGCACACGGAUAAGGGCAUUUGCGCGCCCACCGUCAUCCUGUGGGUGCUGUUCGUCUAUUUGGAGGCGGCCGUCAGAUUGAGGGACGUGAAACACAUGCCCGGUCAUUUGGAUCUGUGCAGGCCUUUUGCCGCGCAUUGCAUCGGCUACCCGGUGGUGACGUUGGGCUUCGGCUUCAAAUCGUACGUGGGCUACAGGAUGCGACAGCGCAAGCAACAGGUCGUCGCCAAAGAGAACCAGUUCUACAUGCAGCUGAUGCAACAGGCGUUGCCCGUCGAGACGCCGACGACGGGCGUCGCGACGCCGGCCGUCGAGCAACCGCCCGAACAGGCGACGUCGACCGUACAGCAGCAACAACAACAGCAACAACAGCAACACGCGGCGAACAACAACAACAAGGUGCACAAGCAACACGAGCGGAACGGCCACGUACCGAACGGUACGUUAGCUAAUGGAACGGGGGCGAACGCGCAGGCGCACAAAUCGCACCAGCAUCACAGGAAAUCGUUGGAGAAAUGCAAAGAGGCGGAUCACCAGCAAGUGCAACAACAACAACAACAACAACAACAGCAACAGGAGAGGGAGCAUUUGCAUUAUAAACAUUCUGAUAGACAGAGGGUCAAUCAUUUGCAUAGCAACGGAUCGGCGGUGACGGCCAUUUUGGAAGAAACCGCAGAAUCGCCGGAUCCCCGUCCGCCCGCCGCCGCCUCCGUCGCCACCGCGGCGGCGUCGCGACGCCGCGACCGGAACAAGGACCAGCAGGAGACAAGCAACGGCAAGGAGCGCGAGGCGGCCGAGUACCUGCAGAAGCUCGAAACGGACGCCCGACGGUUGCGCGCCGAGCUGGCGGCGAGCCGCGCCGGCGAGCAGGAGCUGCGCCUGCAGGUGGCCGCCCUCACGACGGCCGACAAGGCGGCCAAAGGGGAGAUGGCUUCGAUGCAGCGCGACGUCGACGAGCUGCAGCAACGGCUGCAGGCCGCCCAGGGCGCCAAGGCGGCCGACAAACAGACGAUAGGGAUGUUGGAGAGGCGGCUGGCCGACGAGAGGCGGUCGAGGGCCGGCGUCGAGGCGCAGCUCAACCAGGAGAGGAAGAGCCGCAAACAGGAGGAGGCCAGGGCGGCGCAGGUGGCCGCCCAGCAAUCGUCGCGCGGCGAAUGCACGGACGCGUGCAAACAGCGCAGGCGCGAACUGGAAUCCGAAUUGUCCGAGGCCAGGGCGUCGAAGCAUUGGCACGAGGAGCGCGGUCAGGCGUUGGAGCGCGAAAACGCCUCGCUCGCCGAGCAAAUACGCGACGCCGACAUGCUGAUGGCCGCCCUGACGGCCAUGCAGGAGAAGAACUCGCAUUUGGAGAACUCCCUGUCGGCCGAAAAUCGCAUCAAAUUGGAUCUGUUUAGCGCUUUGGGCGAGGCCAAGCGACAGAUCGAGCUCAGAGAAAGUGCGAAUCGAGCGCAGGAAAAAGAAAUCGAAGAAUUGAAAAGCAAAAUAGCCCAAGUAUUGGCGGUGAUGCCGAACGAUUCGUUCAGCUCCGCCGGCGGGGGCGGCAACAUCUCGAGGGUGCGGCUCGCCGAAAGUCCGCCCUCCAAUCUCGACCCCAACGCGACGGCCUACACCCCCAAAGGCUCCCUCAUCGCCUCCACCGAAGCCUAG